AUGGCGGCGCUUGUGGGGCUGCGUGCAUGUUUCUCUGCUUUUCAGCUCACUUCGCCAAGUCUUCUGCACAGCUCCUUUAAAUUGUGUGCUGUGCCUCUGAGUCGGCGGACCUUUGCUGCCGAAGCCAAGAAGACAUACAGCCGAGACAAGCCCCAUGUCAACAUCGGAACAAUUGGCCACGUUGAUCAUGGCAAGACCACUCUGACUGCAGCCAUCACAAAAGUGCUCGCUGAUGCAGGAGGUGCUCGUUACAAAAAGUAUGAAGACAUUGACAAUGCCCCUGAGGAAAAGGCUAGGGGGAUCACCAUCAACGCCUCCCAUGUAGAAUACACCACAGCCAACAGACAUUAUGCACACACAGACUGCCCUGGACAUGCUGACUACGUCAAGAACAUGAUUACAGGUACAGCUCAGAUGGACGGUUGCAUUCUAGUGGUGGCGGCCACUGACGGCCAGAUGCCUCAAACACGAGAGCAUCUGCUGUUGGCCAAGCAGAUCGGGGUCGAGCAUGUGGUGGUGUUUAUCAACAAAGCUGACGCUGUUGACGACAAGGAAAUGCUGGAGCUGGUUGAGAUUGAGAUCCGUGAGCUGCUUACAGAGUUCGGUUAUGAUGGUGAAAACACGCCUGUUGUUACUGGUUCUGCACUCUGUGCCCUGGAGAACAGAGAGCCUGAGCUUGGGAUGAACGCAGUGUUGAAACUACUGGAGAUUGUGGACUCGUAUGUCCCUCUGCCCAAAAGAGAACUAGAUAAGCCUUUUCUUCUACCCAUUGAAAGCGUUUAUUCAAUCCCAGGCAGAGGUACAGUGGUAACAGGAACAAUGGAGAGAGGUAUCAUUAAGAAAGGAGACGACUGUGAGUUUGUUGGGCACAAUCGCAGCUCUAAGACGGUUGUUACAGGUAUUGAGAUGUUCCACAAGAGUCUGGAUCGAGCAGAGGCUGGUGAUAACCUGGGCGCUCUGGUCCGAGGCCUCAAGAGGGAGGAUGUGAAGCGAGGGAUGGUGAUGUGCAAACCAGGAUCCAUCAAGCCUCACCAGAAAGUCCAGGCCCAGGUGUAUGUUCUGAGUAAAGAGGAGGGAGGCAGACACAAACCAUUUGUUACCAACUUCAUGCCUGUCAUGUUCUCUCUGACAUGGGACAUGGCCUGCCGGGUCGCUCUGCCCGCUGACAAGGAAAUGGUGAUGCCAGGAGAGGACACGUCUUUGACUCUGACGCUGCGUCAGCCGAUGGUUCUAGAGAAAGGCCAGAGGUUCACUCUGAGAGACGGAAACAAGACCAUCGGCACUGGUCUGGUCACAGACAUCCUCACCAUGACAGAUGAUGAUGCACACAAAUGGGGCUAAAGAACGGUUCUGUAGAGAGGGCUUGGUUUAGGGGACGGCAUGGGGAUGAGGGGGAUUGGGGAGGGUGGGAGUCUGUCUAUGUCUGGUCAAAUCAGACAAUUCUAGAAAUAAACAUACAUCAAAUACAGAUAAAGGAACAGGAGAAGACUCAAAGGAAUGCAUGGCCCUGUUGUGCAUCAAACCAAAAUACCUGUGAUGUUUAGCACAGUGUUUGUGUUAAAAGACCAGACUGUCAAAAUUAUGUCAUUUAUGUAAUAAAUUGUAUUUAAUAAUA